CUUCUGAUGCAAGACUGCCCUUUGACCUAUGCAACUCUUUAACGCUUCAGCGAAAGGCUUCGGCGAGUGUCAGUGAGUGCAAAUAACCGUUUUUUGUACUGUCCUUUCCUGGAGUAUACAUUGUUAAUUACUCUGGUAUGGAUAAACCCGUGGACGAGAAGAUGGCUGAUCUAUCUUUAGGUGAUGAUACUGUGCUGUAUAUUUCUGAGAAGGAAGGCAGUGAUAGCGGUGAUGGCACUCAAGAUAAGCCAUUUAAGACUGUCUUACAGGCUAUGAAGUCUUAUGGGAAAGAACCAUUUCCUAAAAUGUAUGUAGAUGGAAAAGAAGAAAACCAGAGGUGGGAGGAGCUAUCAUUAGCCCAGAGAAAGAAAAUUACCAAGAUGUGGUCCAAAGAACAACGGAAACUUGUUGAAAAAGAGAAAAAAGAGGCAGAAGACCUGAAACGAAGAGAAGAGAAUCUUCUUAAAGCUAAAGAGAUCGUCAUAAAAGAGAAUCCAGAUUUACCUGCUCCAAAAUUGAUUAAAAUUGCAUUAUGUGAAAAGAACCGAGGAGAUACAAGAGUGAAAGUUUUAGGAUGGGUACAUCGUCUAAGAAGACAAGGAAAAGCAUUGAUGUUUAUUAUUUUACGUGACGGUACAGGAUAUCUUCAGUGUGUGUGUUCAGAUUUAUUAUGUCAAAGCUAUGAAGCCCUAUCUCUGUCUACUGAGAGUACUGUCUUUGUGUGUGGAACCAUUAAAGAAGUACCCGACGGGAAAUCAGCACCUGGUGGACAUGAACUCAUCGUUGAUUAUUGGGAGUUAGUGUCUGCUGCACCAGCUGGCGGUAUUGAUAAUAUACUAAACGAGGAGUCUCAUGUUGACGUUCAGCUUGAUAACCGACAUAUGAUGAUAAGAGGGGAAAACUUAUCCAAGAUUUUGAAAAUCAGAUCUGUUGUCACGCAAUGCUUCCGAGAUCAUUACUUCAAUAAUAGCUACUUUGAGAUAUUUCCACCAACAUUGGUACAGACACAGGUAGAAGGUGGAUCCACUCUAUUUAAAUUGAACUAUUUUGGUGAAGAGUCUUACCUGACUCAGUCAUCACAAUUGUAUCUUGAAACUGCACUACCUUCCAUGGGAGAUGUGUUUUGUAUCGCUUCAAGUUAUCGAGCUGAACAAUCUCGUACUAGAAGACAUUUAUCAGAGUAUACACACGUUGAAGCUGAAUGUUCUUUUAUAUGUUUCGAUGACCUGUUAAAUCGGAUUGAAUCGCUCGUAUGCGAUGUGGUAGAACGUGCACUGAACUCACCAGUAGGUCAACUGAUUAAAGAAUUACAUCCAGAAUUCAAACCUCCCAAGCGUCCUUUCAAGAGAAUGAAUUACAGUGAAGCAAUAGUAUAUCUUCGAGAACAUGAAAUCAAGAAAGAAGAUGACACUUAUUAUGAAUUCGGAGAGGACAUUCCAGAGAUGCCAGAAAGAAAAAUGACAGAUCAAAUAAACGAGCCUAUAUUCUUAUGUAGAUUUCCUACUGAAAUCAAGUCAUUCUACAUGUUCAGAUGUCCAGAAAAUCGCAAAGUUACUGAAUCGGUUGACUUAUUAAUGCCUAAUGUGGGUGAGAUUGUUGGUGGAUCUAUGAGGAUAUGGGACAAUGAGGAGUUAUUAGCCGGGUAUAAAAGAGAGGGAAUUGAUCCCACACCAUAUUACUGGUACACAGAUCAGCGCAAAUAUGGUUCCUGUCCUCAUGGUGGUUAUGGAUUAGGAUUAGAAAGAUUCUUGACAUGGCUUUUAAACAGACCUCACAUUAGAGACGUUUGUUUGUAUCCACGAUUCACUGGAAGAUGUAAACCUUAGUUUUCAAUGACAUGAAUUCCUAAAUAUAUCUUUGCCUUCACUCAAUAUAUGCUACAUACGUAAUACAUUAACAAAUGAUGCUUCAUUGUUUUAGCUAAGGUGAAUUAAACUUAUUGUAAUAAAUCUCUCUUGUGACAUUUAA